AUGGGUAUCCCGCUGUGGCGCGAGCCGACAGAGUCAGAUGCUUUCAAGUCUGCCGUGGAAAAAGAUUCUUCUGCAUCUGCACGAUCUGCGAUCCGUCGUCAAGCAACGAUCCGACGUCCAUCGCGCCAUAGCGCUCGCGCGCGUGGUGCCGGCGUCCUAUCUUCGUUUCAUUCCCAAAUCCUCGAUGAGAUCCAGCGCGGUAUGGGUGAGCCCCAGAUUGGGGUACGCUCUCCUGUUCUGAACUUGGGUAUUAGUGAGGAUGGAUUAGAUCUUGAUACCAGUCGUCGCGAAGCUUUAGGCCGAAACGCCGCGCGCCCACCACCGAGCACGAGCCUUCCCCCAGACCAUUUGGCCCGGUGGAGAAGCGCCCGGGAUCGAGCUUUAUUGCAAAACCUCCUCAGUCGCACUGAUUCCCAACCACAAACUGGCGAGCGCCGUGCGAGCCCUUCUCUGACCCCAAACUUUGCUCCCGCCGCUGCCUACCGUACCGGUAUCUCGCCCCGCCCGUUGGAUGGUCCUCAUCUUCCCACACCCCCUCCUCUCCGCCGUACCGAUAGUCGUAAUCAUGAUCCGCCAUCCUAUAACCCCGCCGAAUUUCUGUCAAUGGACGGUAUCGUCGGGCCCGCGCGAAGAAGACCCCAUCGGGACCCUAUUAUGGAUGGGCUUGGUGAUCGGCAGCGAAGCGUGAGCCCAGACGACCGCGAAUCGAACGCCGCAUGGGAAACUCUGCUUUCUACACUUACUCCAGAUUCCCAUCUUCCAUCCACUAGCACAUCGUUUUCUUCGGCCACUGCUCCUACCACGGACACCUCUUCUCGACACUCUGCUCGCCAAUCUCGAAGACUGCCUCCGCCCCCUGUCCACACAGCCCUAGACCCAUACCCGGAUCAGCUUCACCCUUGUGACCUGAGCUCGUCAGAAGACGAGGAUACACCUGUCAAUUACAAUUCCUCCGGACCCAUCCUUUUUGGCGCGUCAGGUCUCCCGCUUCCACUCUAUCGGGGGGCUGGUCUUUCUUCGACGAUGAGCAACCACCCUCCCAUUCCUACCAUUUCUUUCUCUUUCGACUCCUCUAGCGAUACGGAUCUCCAGCAAAUGCAGGCCAUUCUGGACCGACUUGCCCGUCGCGAGGAUAUUCCGGACGACUGGUGGGCGGGUGCUGGCCUGUCGCGCAACAUGGGCCGUGGCCUCAGUACCGGCACCAACGCUCAUGCCAAUGGCAACGAAGGUACCGAUUAA